UCUGUACUCAGCCCAUAAGGAAGGGAAGAAACAGAUCCGGAUUCAUAGCGCCGGUGGUCAGGUUUGGGGAGAAGACUGGUCGUUAGUCAGGAAAAUGUUCGGGACUUCGACUGUCGUAACUCAAGUGGGGAAGAUUGCCUUGUCCCACUCAAAAACCUGGUUCGAAGAGGGGGGUGAUUUCUGGAUCGCCCCCAUCAUCCUCACGCAGAACGCCAGAGACAGAGGGAAGGGUUACUUGCGGCAGUUACUGGAGAUGCCCUUCAAACGGAAGGAACUAUCGCUCCUAUCCAUCAACAAACUCAUGCACCUGUACAACUGUGCUGGGUCAUUCAAGGAGAAGGAAAAGAGGAAGACGAUCAGGGACUUCCUAGGUAAGGUAGUGGGAAGGAGAGCCGGGGUGAACAUCCGAAAGCGAAUGACAGUCAAAAUCAGAUAUAGUAAGGAAGUGAGGAAGAGCGGCAUCAGAAAUGUCCUGAUCACGAAAAUCGAAAGCUGUGGGCUGCAUCCCGCUAUCGCGGGGAUCGUCAGGAGGAAAUCGAGAAUAGUCUGGAGGAGAAACAGGAAUGUAGCCGAAAUCCUAUGUAACUACAAGCAGCACAGUAAGAUGCCGGAGUCGCUGUACACUUGCAAGCACUAUGACUUACCCGCAGUCAAGGGGCAUGUACUAACAAGGAUAGGUGAUAUCCCAGGACUGCCGGCCUUGGUGCUGAACGGAAAGAACGUGGUCCGGCCUAAAAUCGAGACAACGAAAGAGGAAAUCAGCAGCGGCCUACAAUCGGGCCUCGCUUCUGUGCUGAAUGGUCAACUAGGCGAGCAGCUGUCGGAUCUCCAAAUCGCAGAUUGUUUCUCAGGGGAGCGAGAUCAGCAUUGUAGCGCCGACGAAGGGAUAGUCCUUGCAGUCAAGAACAAGUUCAGGGACCUGAUCGUCACGCAAGUGGACAGGAACACGGGAGACCUCGUGCUGAGGUGUCCCUCGACAUACCAGCACGGUCUGGAUAAACUAUUUACUUGGAACGUAGCAUAUGAUGAAGUUAGCAGGAGCGAAGCGGUGAUCAUGAAGGAAACGAAGACUGAUUUUGAAAAUCAGGGCCUGCACAAGUUGGUUAAUUGGAAUCCGAAGGGGAGGUUUGGCAAUGCUUACGUGCUACCCAAACACAAAGAUUUGGAGAAAUGGCGGCCCAUUGCGCCUGCUUGCAGCGACCCCACGACGACGGGCAGUCAUUGGAUUGCGAGGGCACUCAACUUAUUGCUCGAGAAGCUACGUGGAGCGAUGCACUUUAACCUCACUGCUACCGCCAGACUCAAGCAAAACCUGAAGAAGGCAGAGACGAAACUCCAGCAGUAUGGCAAGGACACAUUGACUAUCAGUGAAGGAUUCGACAUUAAGGAGAUGGUUACAUCACUCCCGCACUCAGCUAUCAUGGGAGCACUCAACUGGCUGUUGGGGGAAUGGGAGAAGAAAGGGUUUCAGAAGAUCACGGUGUGCAAGAGAAGGAAACAAGUUACUCUCGGGAGGAAGACGUACGGGAAAGGUUACCGCAAGUUUUCUUUCACCUACAUCCGGAGUUUCAUCUCCUUCGAGCUGCAGCAUACCUACACCAAGUGCAGAGGAAAGAUGCUGAAGCAGGUUAUCGGUGUGCCAAUGGGGAAGAACUCCAGUCCCCCACUGGCAUGCAUACUUUGUGCGAAGUACGAGGAGAGUUUUUUGAGAUCACUGGGAAGUGACCGGAAGCUUGUCCAUGGGGUAAGAUUCAUGGACGAUGCGAUGUUGGCAGUAGUAUGUAACCGAAGAAAGGAAAGCUCCGUCGACAUGGCUCGAGAGAUUUUAAGAAAGUUCGGAAGUUGCUAUGGAGAGAAGCUAUCGCUGGUCCGCACGGACGACGGUUCAAACACCAUUGACUUCGUGGGAUCAAAGCUUACGAUUGUACCUGGGAGGACCCGGUUCCUGCUUGAGCCAAAGAUCAAGAACGACUGGAAGUCCGGAUGGGCGAAGUGCAACAGAGACUGGACGUCGAAAGAUGGAGGGCAAAAGGAGGAGGAGGAGGAGGAGGAGGAGAAAGGAUAAGAUCAGGGGUUACCUCUUCCACCGCUCCUCGCAAUGACGGGAGCUGAAGAAGCCGGAGCUUAGGUCGCCAUGGGGAGGAGAUAUGAGUAAAGCAGAUGCAGACGG